AUGACCACUCUGAUUGAACACACGGUGAGGGCUGCUCAGAUCGUCAGUGGCCUUGCUCUCAACCCCGUCCUCACAUCAUCUGCACUCGCAUUUUUGGCUUAUGGCCCCCCGCGUCUCGUCGACCAACUUGUGGAUUCGGGGAUUUUCAAAAGAUAUGUCGGACUUUACGGGCUGAAGGUAGCCCUGAAAGUCUUUCUCGGCUUCGGUGUCGCUAGACACUUGAAUCGGCUCUUAAAUAUCCGCGCCAGCAACAACUGGAGAUUCUCCGGCCAGGAUGGAUGGGUCUGGGACAAGGAGAUUGCGGUCAUCACAGGGGGCUGCAACGGAAUCGGCAAAGCCACUGUUCUCGGUCUUGUCAAAAAGGGCGUCAAGGUCGCUAUUCUCGACAUCGCCGACUUGCCGCCCGAUCUCGCGCAACUCGACACCGUCUUCUAUUGGAAAUGCGACAUCACCUCAUCCGAUGCUGUGAAGGAAGCGGCAAACAGCAUCCGCGAACACCCUGAUCUCGGUCAUCCUUCUAUUCUCAUCAACAACGCGGGGGUCACGAUGAAGUACAAAGCCUUCAUUCGUGACGCAGAACCGGAGGACAUAUCGAAGAUUUUCAAAGUCAAUAUUCUUUCGCAUUGGUAUACUGUCAAGGAAUUCCUACCAAACAUGGUCGACAACAACAAGGGCCAUAUCGUUACCAUCGCCAGCAUGGCGUCGCACGUUUCCAUGUCCUCGGCGGUGGGUUAUUCGUCAUCGAAAGCGGCGGCACUGAGCUUCCAUGAGGGUCUGGCCUCUGAAAUCAAGAACAUCUACAAGGCGCCGGGUGUGAUCACAACAAUAGCACAUCCCAUGUUUGUCAACACCGACAUGAUCAGGUCGAAAAGGGGUACGACCGGGAAGGGACGCAACAUUCUGGAGCCCGAGGAGGUAGCCGAUGCUAUUACGGGGCAAGUGUUCUCUUGCCGCGGUGCCCAACUGUUCAUGCCAGCGAACACGUGGUGGAUUUCUGCCACUCGAGGUUUCCCGAGUUGGCUACAGGAAGCCAUGAGAGAUGCUGUCGCAAAGAUGCGAUGA